CGUAGCGGCAGGGAGGGGUUCUUUACCCUGUCCGGCAGCUGAAGCUCGGCGUUCGGGUUACCCCUGCAGCGACGCCCCCUGGUCCCACCGAUACCACUGCUGCUCCCGCCCCUUCGCUCCUCGGCCGCGCAAUGGGCACCCGCGACGACGAGUACGACUAUCUCUUCAAAGUUGUCCUUAUUGGAGAUUCUGGUGUUGGAAAGAGUAAUCUCUUGUCUCGAUUUACUCGAAAUGAGUUUAAUCUCGAAAGCAAGAGCACCAUUGGAGUAGAGUUUGCAACAAGAAGCAUCCAGGUUGAUGGGAAAACAAUCAAGGCACAGAUAUGGGACACAGCAGGGCAAGAGCGAUACCGAGCUAUAACAUCAGCAUACUAUCGUGGAGCUGUAGGUGCCUUAUUGGUUUAUGACAUUGCUAAACAUCUCACAUAUGAAAAUGUAGAACGAUGGCUGAAAGAACUGAGAGAUCAUGCUGAUAGUAACAUUGUUAUCAUGCUUGUGGGCAAUAAGAGUGAUUUGCGUCAUCUCAGGGCAGUACCUACAGAUGAAGCAAGAGCUUUUGCAGAAAAGAAUGGUUUGUCAUUCAUUGAGACUUCUGCUCUAGACUCUACAAAUGUAGAAGCUGCUUUUCAGACAAUUCUGACAGAGAUCUACCGCAUUGUUUCCCAGAAGCAAAUGUCAGACAGACGUGAAAAUGACAUGUCUCCAAGCAACAACGUGGUUCCUAUUCAUGUUCCACCAACCACUGAAAACAAGCCAAAGGUGCAGUGCUGUCAGAACAUAUAAGGCGUUUCUCUUCUCCCCUAGAAGGCUGUGUAUAGUCCAUUUCCCAGGUCUGAGAUUUAAAUAUAUUUGUAAUUCUUGUGGUCACUUUGUGUUUUAUUACUUCCUCAUACUUAUGAAUUUUUUCAUGUCUUAAGUCUUUUGAUUUUAGCUUUAUAAAAUCAUCCACUUGUCCCAAAUGACUGCAGCUUUUUUUUCAUGCUAUGGCUUCACUAGCCUUAGUUUAAUAAACUGAAUGUUUGGAUUCCUCAGUUAUUGUUUACUUUUCAUCAUGGAAGCCUGUCACUGUAGGACAUAAUAGAACUUGAUCGCUUGAAGCUCAGACCUAUUGGUCUUGAUCAAAUCAAACUAAGAAGACCUUAGAAGAAAUAAGCUAUCAUUUUGCCACAGAGCAGCGAAUAAUGAGCAGCUUAUAAUUCAUACACUCUUCUCUCAAUGCAGUGUAUAUUUCCACAAAUCUAAGAAUUGCCCUAUAAACACAGCAAGAUUUUGAGAGCUUGAAAAUUUUCCAUUAUUCUGGAUGUCAAUUUCUAAAAUGCCUUAAUAGGGUUAAGUAGUUUAGUAAAUUUUGUUUUUUAAUUUUUGUAAGCAUCAAAGUUGAUUAGAGAGGGGGGACACUUUUUUCUGGACAAGAAUUAUCUUAAUAAACAUGAAAGACUGUUCUAUGGUUUCAGUAGCAGUGUGGUUAUGGAGCCAUAUGUUCAACAACGCUGCCUGGCAGGCUGGGAACUCGAGACUGGUGGAGUUCCAUCUGAGAUGCCUCUGUUGCAGUGAUCAGGCAGCCCAAAUCACUGGGCCUACCUGUUUUCCCAGCAGUAGGUUAUGUGGCCUUUUAUUGCUCAGGCAAUAACUGGUUUAAUGCUGUUAGUAUCAAAUUGUGAAGUGUUAAUUUUGUCUUAAAACCCUCCAGUAAAUGAAACGCAACGUAGUUUUAUCACCAUAUCUAUCAGCAGGCAUGGAUAAUUAUUUUAACAAUGCUGAUGUUGAGUUUGCAAUAUAUUAUGGAAUACAGUCCAGUUAAAUUUCUGGUUUCAGUAUGUCUAGGAAUACAGUGAGAGGUUAAUUUCUGCUCAAGUGGUACCACUUAAAGGCAUGUAUUCUUUUAGUACGUAGUACCUUGAGUUUAAAUAGAAUGUAUUUAGGCAUUAUACCAACCUGAAAUACUUUUUCCCACUACAUUAUUGAAAUCAAUGGAGCAACUAGUUUCCCAUUUAGAAAUGUGCACACUAAUACUGAGUUUUCCUUUCUUGUGGAUAAUAUUAAGCACUUACUCUGCAGUGUUCUGAAAGUUGUGUCAACUGAAGUGAUACUAUUCAGGAUGGUGGAAUAUCCCCCAAAUACAAAAAUAUGUAUGUGUGUGGGCUUGCAUAGAUUACUAUGUUUCAUAGUUAAUCAGUCUUUUGCAGUGCUUAUGAUGUGUGGGGCACACGGAAGGCAUUGCUUGUGGUCAGUCUUUUUGGUUUUCUUCUGUAGCCAUUUAUUUUAGUGUAUUGGUUGGUUAUGAAGAUACUAUUAUCUAUUUGUAAAUCGCUACUUUGUAUUUUAUGCAUGCUCUGUAACUUGAUUUAUUUUUAUCUUUAUUUUAUUUUUUAGUUAUUGAUUUGGAAUAUAUUCACAUUCUAAUAAACAGUUAUAGGGGGACUAUUC